AGCUGCCGGAAGUAGGCGGUGGUGGUGGUGUUGAAGCCCGCAGCAGCUGCCCGGGAAACCGAGGCGCGGGACGCACAGCUAGCAGACAGGCAGGCCGGGCGGAUCGUCUCUGUGUCCGGCACCCACGAGGCCCGAUAGCCCCUCUGCCUGCCGGAGGAUCCCUGACCAGCAGCCUCCUCUGACUCGGGCCCUUCCCUAAGCCCGCCAGGGGGCGUCGCACUGAGGGGCUGCAAAGUGGAGGGCGGGCAGCGUUGACUGGAGAAGGGGCUUCGGGCCAGGAGGAGGAAGAGAGCUCUGCUUCGCACAGGAGGUGCCCCUGGGCAGAGGACUGGGAGUCGUCAUCCCAGGACUGAGGCAAGGGGCUUUUGGGGGCGAGGAGGGCGCAUCGCCCUCUGCCCCCGCCGGCACCCUGGCCAUGACGGGCAAGUCGGUGAAGGACGUGGAUCGGUACCAGGCGGUCCUGGCCAACCUGCUGCUGGAGGAGGAUAACAAGUUUUGUGCGGACUGCCAGUCUAAAGGACCAAGAUGGGCCUCCUGGAACAUUGGAGUCUUCAUCUGCAUUCGAUGCGCUGGAAUCCACAGGAAUCUGGGGGUGCACAUAUCCAGAGUAAAAUCAGUUAACCUCGACCAGUGGACUCAAGAACAGAUUCAGUGCAUGCAAGAGAUGGGGAAUGGAAAGGCAAACCGACUUUAUGAAGCUUACCUUCCUGAGACCUUCCGGCGACCUCAGAUAGACCCAGCUGUUGAGGGAUUUAUCCGAGAUAAAUAUGAGAAGAAGAAAUAUAUGGACCGAAGUCUGGACAUCAAUGCCUUUAGGAAAGAAAAAGAUGACAAAUGGAAAAAAGGGAAUGAACCAGCUCCAGAGAAAAAGAUGGAACCUGUUGUUUUUGAAAAAGUCAAAAUGCCACAGAAAAAAGAAGAUCCACAGCUACCUCGGAAAAGCUCCCCAAAAUCCACAGCACCUGUCAUGGAUUUGUUGGGCCUUGAUGCUCCUGUGACCUGCUCCAUUGCAAAUAGUAAGACCAGCAAUACUCUAGAGAAGGAUUUAGAUCUUUUGGCUUCUGUUCCAUCGCCCUCUUCUUUGGUUUCCAGAAAGGUUGUAGGUUCCAUGCCAACUGCAGGGAGUGCCGGCUCUGUUCCUGAAAACCUGAACCUGUUUCCUGAGCCAGGGAGCAAAUCAGAAGAAACAGGCAAGAAACAGCUCUCUAAAGACUCCAUCCUUUCCCUGUAUGGAUCCCAGACACCUCAAAUGCCUGCCCAAGCAAUGUUCAUGGCUCCUGCUCAGAUGGCAUAUCCCACAGCUUACCCCAGCUUCCCAGGGGUUACAUCUCCUAGCAGCAUAAUGGGGAGCAUGAUGCCCCAGCCAGUAGGCAUGGUAGCUCAGCCAGGAGCUUCUGGAAUGGUUGCCCCCAUGGCCAUGCCUGCAGGCUAUAUGGGUGGCAUGCAGGCAUCGAUGAUGGGUGUGCCAAAUGGAAUGAUGACCACCCAGCAGGCUGGCUACAUGGCUGGCAUGGCAGCUUUGCCCCAGACUAUGUAUGGGGUUCAGCCAGCUCAGCAGCUGCAGUGGAACCUUACUCAGAUGACCCAGCAGAUGGCUGGGAUAAACUUCUAUGGAGCCAACGGCAUGAUGAACUAUGGACAGUCAAUGAGCGGCGGAAAUGGACAGGCAGCAAAUCAGACUCUCAGUCCUCAGAUGUGGAAAUAAAAACAAAACACCUGUAUGGUUACCACUCUCCUUAGCCCCCUCUCUCCCCUUUCUCCCUUUCCUUAACUCCUGCCACCCCCCCCUCCUUACUCUCUCUGGUUUAGAAAUUGCUCAGUAAGUCAUUUGGAGUUUGGCAUUCUGCCCAGCUGCCCCUCUACCCAACACACAGACCUCUCUGUGGCUUUAUGUUGUACAUUCCCCUUGCCAUCCUUACUUCUCUCCCAGCCUCAGCUCGUAGUCCUCUCCUGGAACCAGCACCUUAGAAAUUGUUAGCAGAAGGCACUUAAACCGUGGGAGAAACGUGCAUACCACUGAGUUUCUUUCCCUCAAACUCUGAAAAAGAUGUGUUGGUAUUGUUUUAGGCAAAGAGAAGAGGGUUUAGAGGUCCUUCUAUACGUGUCAAUAAGCUAUUUCUAAGUGUUUAAAUUUUGGGUUGAGGAAGGAGGCAUCAUGCUCCCGUGAUUUAUAGGAAUUAAGAAAGUACUGAAAUCAAAUUUAAUACUCCAUGGGUGUUGGAUCAAGUUGUCACCAACCCUGGGGUGAAGCAAGCGCCCUCAGAAGGGUGAGCAGAAGUAUCACUCUACUUUGUCCUAAGUUGCUUUCUGGAUAUGAGACGUCAGGAUUUGCUGCUUCAGCCAGCUUCUUUUCGCACCAAAGACUUUAUGAAGGUCCCACACACAAACACACACACAUUCCCUGCCUCCUACCUGCCUUCAGUAGGAAAUGGCUCCAUGACUGGAGGACCAACCCCUACAGAGGGAAUGCAGAGUUUAGAGUGUGUACUUCUUGUGUGUGCGUAUGUGUGGAUUCCACCUCCCGCCCGCUCCCCAUCUUCUCUGGGUAUUUUUGUUUUUUGUGUGUGUGUUUUUUGUUUUUUGGGUUUUUUUUUUUUACUUUUCAAUUUACAACAGAGAGGAGUUAAUUUAUCAACAGCUUAAAACUGUUGCCAGUUUUUCUGAUAGUUUGAAAAACUGAAAACUCAUUUAUAGCGCUUUACCACCUUUUCCCUUGCCCAACCUUCUAAUCACUCUUUCAUGCCCACGUGUCCUAGAGUGCUCUAUUUCCCCACCUUUUCCCAGGUGUACGAGGCAGAGAGCCUGGACAGCUUUCCUCUCAGUCACUAUUCACCCCACUUGAAAAUUAAAACAAGAAAACUGCUUAAAAGAUCUCAUCUGUGACUGUGACAACCACAAUUCCUGGUUGCCUUUCUCCUGUGUAUGUGUAAAUUCCUUAAUAAAUAUUGCAGGGAAGGACUGUU